AUGCUGAACAGUUUUGAUUCUUGCAUUAAGACCGCGUCUUCUGGCGUUUUUGAAGGCAUAACUGUCAAUUUAGGCCUCUGGGAUACAGCUGGUACAGAGCUUAUAUUGCUAGUAUGUGCUACUGACGACCAUGAUGAUGUUAAGUGCUCAACUUACUUUAUCCAUUGGAACAUCCGUGUAUUCUGUCGGGUGAGGCCGUUGUUACACGAUGAAAGUCGUAGCACAGAAGACAAGAUAUUCAGUUAUCCAACACCGAUGGAAGCUUCGGGACGACAAAUUGACCUAGCCCAAAAUGGCCAGAAACAUUCUUUCACAUUUGAUAAAGUUUUUAUACCAGAAGUAUCACAAGAAGAAGUUUUUGUAGAAAUUUCACAGCUUGUACAAAGUGCUCUUGAUGGUUAUAAGGUUUGCAUCUUUGCCUAUGGUCAAACCGGAUCAGGGAAAACCUAUACAAUGAUGGGAAGACCUGGACAUCCGGAGGAAAAGGGACUGAUACCUCGUUCGUUAGAACAAAUAUUUCAAACCAAACAGUCUCAGCAACCUCAAGGCUGGAAAUACGAAAUGCAGGUGUCAAUGUUGGAAAUAUACAACGAAACCAUUCGUGAUCUGAUGUCCACAAACAGAUCAUCAUCAGAAAAUGGCACUCCUGGAAAGCAACAUACAAUCAAACAUGAUGCAAGUGGAAAUACACAAGUUUCCGAUCUUACAGUAGUGGAUGUUCACAGUGCGAAAGAAGUCGCAUUUCUAUUAAAUCAAGCUGCAAAUAGCAGAUCUGUGGGAAAGACUCAGAUGAAUGAACAAUCAUCAAGAAGCCACUUCGUGUUUACUCUUCGAAUAUGCGGUGUAAAUGAGAGCACUGACCAACAAGUACAAGGUGUUCUGAAUCUAAUUGACCUUGCUGGUAGCGAGCGUCUCUCGAAGAAGCUUCCCGGUUAUUUUAUGGAAUGGAUUAAUCUCAAAGAAUUGGAGUUUAUAUGUUGGUUGUGUUACUAUGUAGGCUUUGCUAAAUUUAAUUGA